AUGAGAUUGAGUUGGAGUAACGAUGGCUGUAGCUUUGAGAUGGGUCCGAGAUGGAUAACAUUGAUCAGUUUGGUGGAUUCUGAAGAGUUUGAAGAAGCCUGGAACAGUAGCUUGUCUAACGCUGGCUAAUUAGGACUGAUUCAUUCCAAAUGAAAAUGGCAGUUCAAUCAAGGAGGCAUAUUGAAGAAGAAGGCAAUCACCGUGCUGUGCCGUGAAUGGUGGCUUGUAUGAUAUGACUCAAGGUUGAAAGCUUAAACAGAUGAUCUAUGUUAACGUUGGAAUAACUGAAUGUUGUCUUACCAUCGUCCAAGAUCAGAAUUUGAUGUAGAGGUGCGGUACUAAUGAGAGUGGAGACCUCAAGAAGUAUGCCGAAGGCUAUGCAAGAAUAUGAAGCCUACAGGCAAUGGAGAUGGAUAAUAUUGAUCAGUUUUGAUUCUGAAGGCUGUUGACGAACCUGAAGCCUCAGAGAAGAUAACUUUGAUCAGUUCAAGGAUUCUGAAGCCAAAUAACGAUGGCUGUAGCAAGAAGAUGGGUCCAGGAUGGAUAACGUUACUCAUCUUGGAUUCUGAGAUGACACCACACUGGUCCUCUCAAGAAGAACGGCCUAGAGAUGACUAG